GCCAGCCAGGAGAAAGACGAGAGCAAAAAAAAAGCUGGAGAAAAGCGUGGGAGAAAAGCAGGAAAAAAUACGGAACGGAACAGAACAAACGACCGUGGGAGCAGCAGUUGCGAGAGAGGCGCGCGCGCGGUCAUAACCUGGUGACGGCGGCGUUGGGGCAUGCAAAUUAUGCCAAAUAGUAGCAUCCACGGACACACGACCAGCAGCAGCAACAACGCCAAAGCCGACAAACGAACGGACGCAGAAAAUGCAGCGGAGCACGGACGCGGCGACGUCAUCAUCGGCGUCAGAUAGCGGGAAGGGAGCGGAAUCGGAGUCGGAGGCGGCGGCAUUCAGAUCCGGCGGAGUCGGCGGGAACAGCUGCUCCUCCUCCGGCGGUGGCCUAGGAUCCGCCGAUACAGCAGCGAUUAGCACAACGAUUGGCUCCAUGCAGCAGUUGGAGCAGAAGGAUCAGAAGGUUGCCAUUCACUUUUUGGCCAGCUUCCAUGAGAUUUGCGUAGUCACCGCCCUGCUGCCACUGGUGACGCUAUUCACGUGCUUUGUGACCGCCUACGUCUUCCAGUACGACGAUGUACACGAGACACAUUGCCGCGUCUACAACAUAAUACCCUCGAUAAGUGCAAUUACCGGCGUCAGUCCGCAGCGCUACUUCUGGCGCUUCAGUAUUGCGCUGCACAUCGGACCCCGCAUUCCCAUAGCUUUUGUUUACAAGAACUACUACCGCUCGCAGCUGGAGCGGAUCAGUCCCGCCCUGGUGCCAAAGACCAGCCUGCUGAUCACGGUGAUUCUUGUGUUAAACUGCAUCGAGAUAGCGGCCCUGGGCGGCGUUACCUAUAUAUCGAAUCGAGAGAAUUAUCCUGUCCACGAGCGAAUCUUCAUCACGUUCAUGAUCUGUUCGCUGUGCUAUAUGCUGGCCACAAUUAAGCUGAACGGCAUCCUCAAUGCCGGACAAUCGCUGAGCCACAAUCAGCGGCAGUCCAUCAAGUGGAAGAAGAUCCUGUUUAUCGUCUCCAUACUGAGCACCAUCGGGCUGCUGGUGUUCUUUGCCAAACACCGUUUCUACUGUCACGAUUUGGCCUUCAGUUGGUUCGCCUUCUUCGAGUACUUAAUCGCCAUCGCCAACAUGCUGUUCCACUUCACCAUCAUCUGGGACUUCCCCUCACAGUUCAUGAUAAUUGUGCAGGGACCCCGCAAGAAUCUCGCCCAGUACUUGAGCAAUCGCCCAAAAGUGGACUAGAUCUUCGGAUCGUCGCACAGUGUGUGUGUGUGUGUGUGUGUGAGUGUGUGUGUGUGUGUAUAAUUCCCAUACGAAACGUACAAUUAACGAACUUCUUCAACUUUAAAAACUAAGCGCUUCCACAACAAGAAAUCCCCUUAAAAUUCUUCUAUUUACUUCGAUUCUCCUCUUAACCAAAAAACGAAACCAAAGACCCAGAAAAAUGAUAACCUAAGCGAAAGCGAAAUGUUCCAUAGAGUUCCGCAAUUUAUAAUAAUUAUAAAAUAUACAAAAAUUAUGUAAACAUUCUGAACACACGAUAUAUAAGUUAACUAAGGACUAAGUGCACCCAAAAACCAAACCAACAAUAGCAGAUUGCAGAUUGCAGAUCGCAGCUCGCAGCUCGCCAGAUCUCAUGUCAAUUUCGAAUCGAGCGCGUCAGAGUGUUUCAUUUGUUAGUCAAGUAAAAAAUAAAUUAAAAGUAAAAGUAAAAGUAACUUAAAGUAAAGUGAAUAAAAAUAGAGAUUGUAUUACCUACUUACCACUUAGUACAUAUCGUUUAUACAAAAUGUAAAGCGAGCAGAUUGGGCCAGUAUUGGCCUUAUUGGCCCGGCCCAUCAUCUCCUCCAACCACCACACAUUCAGAAUUCAGACAAUAGGACAUUAAGCUGCAACAACGAAUGAACAAAUAUAAACCAAAUAUAGAUGGGAUAAAACAACAGUGAUGGGAAGUCUAUAUUAUAAAAUCUAGCUGGGUAAAAAUCGAUUUUAAUAUUUGAUUUUUUAAAGAUUUUCUAAAUUUUGAUUCAUUUUUUUAAAAUAUAUGAAAAUGAUCUCUGUAGAUAAACACCAAUUUCCUUACUUCAAUCAGUAUUCCUUAAGUAAUUCCAAUUUAAUUUCAAUAUUCAAAAUAUGAUGUAUUUGAAAUAUCAUAGAACUAUCUUUACCAAAGUCUUCAAGUAUUUUAUUUAUUUUUCCAAGUACUAUAUAGAGUACCUUUCCCAUCACUGUUCCUGGUAUUGAAUUGAAACCUACAUACAAAGAUGAGUAACGGUAACGAGGACAUCAAUAAAUUAAAAUACAAAAAUUAGCCACAAAAUUACAAUGUGACUUGGCAACUGCCCAGCAGACAAAGGGCGGACUUAGUGCGGUUGGAUCCGAAAAAUGUUCGCUAAAAAUAUGAAAAUCAAACAUAAAACGGACACGCAAACGGACGAAUAGCGAGCAAGGAUUAUACCCGAUAAUGAUGUCGUAAAAGGUCCGCAAUCGAAAUCUUAUUUUGAUUCCGAAAAUUAUAACAUUUUCUGCCACAAAACCCUCGACAGGUGAUUGACUUUAUUAUGGUUUAUGAGCCUGAAUCUCGGACCCCUAAAACUAUCGUUUUCAAUAUCAUAAAAGAACGUUUUUUGUCUGCUGGGUGAUUCUUUCUUUCUGUCUUGUUCAUAUUGUGUGUGGCGGCAAGUGUAGAAAAUAAACAAUUGUUCUUUUAGCCAAUUUGAAUAGCAACAAAAAAGAGUACUAUAAAUCGAAAAAAGGCAGCAACCAAAAACCAAAUAUAUUUCUAGAGCGAUCAUCGAACAAAUACUUUCCACACCAUGUAUGUAGCUAUAGUUAACCGAAUUGUAAACCAUAAUACUUUUACGGCCACAAAGAACCAUAAAUAGGUAUUUUACGUGUUUAAACUUUGUACUAUACACACAUUCAGACGGGCAAGCAGAGUCAAGAGAGUCAAGCGGAAGCUUUUAUUCCAUAAGUAAAAUGAUUAUUAUUAUUAUUAUUAUUAUUACCACAUUGUAACAUCCUGGAUAACCUUAGCCAGGAGGAGAAGUAGCCUUUGUACUUGUGUAUUUCCCGAAAAAAAAAACCCACAUACAUGCGUAGCUAAAUCAAUGAAACAAUUGUUAAUUCUCACACGAUUUAUAUAUAUAUAUAUUGAUAUAUAUGUUAGGCAAUAGUUGAGUUGCCAGCUAGCACCUUGCAAAAUAUACACCCAGCAGACAAAGAAACGGACCUUAAGCGGGGGUGGCUUCAAAAAUGGUCCGCAAAACUAUCGUUUUUAAUAUUGGAAACACAAGUUUUUGUCUGCUGGGUAUACUUGAAUUAUUGUUAAUGUUUACACGCCUCCCUCCUUUCUCGCUAAAACGUUUCGUUCCGUUUCUCUCUCUCUAGAAAAUCUGUACUUCCAAGUUCGGAUAUAUCCAUCAGCGGCUUCUAUUUUCGAUUGAUUUUUUGUUUUUUGUAUACAAACAAAUUAUAUAGCAGUUUUUAAAAGGCAAACAACUUUUUAGGCAACACACAGAACACAACGUAUGCGAAAUUAACUAUGAAAAUAUGUAAACUUUGUAGCUUCCUAAUUUAAAUAAAGAUUAAUACCACAAUUAUUGAUACGUACAAUUCGAAACAUUCAUGGUUUUUCAGAGAUUUAGUUCAAUAAUAAGUAUGUUUGGUGAAUGCGGAUCAAGAAUAUAAGUUAGAUCAUAUAUAUAUAUAUACUCCCUAAGAUAUAUGUAUGUACAUAUAUAUAUAUAUAUCGGACAAGAUCUUAAUUAAACAACUCUAUUUUAGGCUUAAUUUCCAAAAACAUGUUUACCAAAAUGCAGGUGGCUAAAAUAAUAAUAAACUUCUUCCAUCCUGAGAAAAAGA